CGCUAAAUUUUCUACAUUGAUGUUCUAAGAUUGUGUUAGGCAGGUGAAGUUGUUAUGUUACCCCGUGCAAUAUAAUUAAAGUGGAGUUAAUUAAGUGACUUAAGUCGAUAUUGUUCAAGUUAAAAGUGCAAUUGACCGAAUUAUUGUGAACUGUCAAAGAGAAUUUGUUAUAAAACCGUACGACCGGUCUAGUAAACUGAGCUGUCAUUCUAUUCAAUUGUCAUCGCACUGUCACUAAAUUUGAAAAAAAAGCAUUUAUGAUGAGAUUUUUGAGACAAAACCAUUGCAAGAGGCUUUCAAUUUGAUGAAUAUGAUAGAAACUCCAGUGACAAUGCGUGUGGAAGCAGCUGAACACUUUAUUUUAGAUUUUCACAUUUUUUAGGUUAAGUUGUGAACUGUUGUGUAAAAACUUUAGAUUUGAAAAUGUUGUCGCUCAAGAAAGUGUACAGAGAUGAACUUUUGCAAAUUGCCUUAAUUUUGAGUUUGUUGAGAGGCAACAGUGGACCGUAUUUAGAGAGUGAUCUCUUUAAUAACACUCCAAAUUAUGAUUAUGAUAAUGGGACUAGCUGGAGAUCUCUAACACCUACUGUUUUGCGCUCACAUUUUGUCCAUCCGAAAAGUCUUGAUUCAGUAUUGCUAAAUUACGAACGGGAAUUAUUCGCCGAUUUAAAUAUACUGGGAAGAUACAACCGGGACAGUUACAGACAUCCAGAUGUCACUGCCUAUUUGCUUAAUAUUGAACGGACUACUGCCACAGCCCCCUUAGCCACACAGGAUGUUUCUUCAGACAUUAUUAAUUCAGCUCAGAGUCAAAACGAGGAAAACGCGUUAGCUGCAAGUUCCAGUGAAGCCACUUCAACUCCCCUUGAUGUUGGACUUGAACUCACGCAGGAGGAUAUGGAUCUGAUUGAAGUCCUGUGGAAGCAAGACGUAGACUUGGGUUUUUCCUUGGAUGUGGCAAAUGGGAAAACGGACAAACCGGAUGCAGAUUUGCAAAAUGGCUCACCAUCUUCAUCAAUUUCUAUGGAAAAUGACGAGAUUGAAAAAUUGAAAACUCUGAAAGCCAUCAACGACGACAACAUUAAAGAGGAGCCCGAAAAUGACUUAGCCGAUCCUUGGAAAGGUUUCAACUACACCAUAGACACCGAAACAGGGGAGUGUGUAGUAAAGGCUGAGGAAUUAUCAGAGUCUUUAACUGGAGCGGACUGUGGCCCCUCGUGUGAUUUACCACUAGGGGACCUUUCAUUGCCGCUCCCAGAGUUUCUCCUUGACGAAGCUCUUCGUCUUGUCGAAUUAGACGACACACCCCAAGAGACUAUUAAUGUUAAAGAGCUUGAAAAUCUUGCUGAAGGAACAACUAACGAAACUGAACCAUCGACUAGCGCUUCAAAAACCACCAGUGAAGAGACAUCUUCAAGUUCAAAGGAUUCGGACGACGAUUUAAGCAUCCUCACCGACAUGAUACAGACAUCGCAAUUUCAUCAUCCCCAUCACAGGGCUUUUCAGGGCCGUAUGCCUUUUGUGCGUACCGUGAGUAUGGAACAACGAUGGCAAGACUUGGCGAAUUUGUUGAGUCUUCCUAGUCCAGGCGAUACCAGCGGCAUCCCUCACCCCUUUAGUCACCACCAUCCUCUUCACAAUUACAGCCAUCCCCAUGCCCACAGCAUGGCGUAUAGCCCGGAGGCAACUCGAGGUGUACUUUUACACAACGCAACUUUAACACCGCCAAUGGGUGAUAUAAAUGCUACAGUGCCAUAUAAUAAUAUCGUAUUCUUAGGUGGCACGAAUUUGGGCAAUGCUGUUGCCACUUCAAUGAAUCUUACGAAUAGUAGUGAACCAAUGGGUGAACCAAAUUCGGCACCACAUUAUAAACUUGAGCCGUCACACGAUAUGAUGUAUUACCAGAAUAGUACAACUGAACUUAAUCAGACUGAUGGGUUUUUAUCAUCAUUUUUAAACGAUGAAGAUCUACAGCUUAUGGAUAUGGCGAUGAAUGAAGGCAUGUACACAAUGCGUAUGUUAGAUAGUAACAACGCUGUAAGCAAUUUAAGUAUGAACGGUACCACAGCCACAGCCACAGGUACCACUACAUCUUUAUCCCGGACAGAUGUAGAAAGGAUGGACACUUCCAGUGAUAGCGCUGUGAGUUCCAUGGGUUCUGAAAGAGUACCAUCUCUGUCAGAUGGCGAGUGGUGCGAUGGCGGUUCCGAUUCCGGACACACAGCAGGGGAUCACUACGUAACAGAUUAUCAAACAAAAUACAGACCGUACGAUUACAGCUACACGAGUCGACAACAUACUAGCGCUCUAGCUGUCGCUUCAGAUGCGACAAGAAUGCCACCUGUUGCCCAAAAGAAACACCAAAUGUUUGGAAAACGAUACCUUCAAGAGCAGGGUGCAACCAGCACUGUUUCGCAUCAGCCCCCUGUGAAGUACGAAUAUCGCGAUCCAACUGCAGCCCCCUACAACAGUUCUCAGUCUGAAGGAGCGGUGGGUCCAAAACCCUCCGAAAUGAAAUAUUCUUGUUCUAUGGAAUUUGGAAGACAUAACCACCUCGUGAGGAACUCUCUUGACCACAUCCAACACAACCACACGUACCAUCUACCCACCGAAAGUAUGGGAGCAAUGCAGCGUCCUGUUUCACGCGAUAAAACCAAGUCGAAGAAAGGUGACGAGGAGCAUUUGACGAGAGAUGAGAAACGUGCUCGUGCCUUGAAUGUUCCAAUCACCGUCGACGAUAUUAUUAAUUUGCCAAUGGACGAAUUCAACGAACGCUUGUCUAAGUAUGAUUUAAGUGAGCCACAAUUGAGUUUGAUUCGAGAUAUUCGACGUCGAGGCAAAAACAAAGUGGCAGCACAGAAUUGCAGGAAACGCAAGUUAGACCAGAUUUUGAGUCUGGCUGAUGAAGUCAAGGACAUGCGAGACAGGAAAAUGCGACUGAUGAACGAACAUGAAUUCGUCACAGGCGAAUGUCAACGAAUGAAAGAUAAAUAUCAGCAGCUAUACAGACAUGUUUUUCAAAAUUUACGAGAUCCAGACGGUAAUCAAUACUCACCGUAUCAGUACAGUCUUCAGACAUCUGCAGAUGGGUCGAUAUUAGUCGUCCCUAGGUCUAAUUCGACAAUGACAAAUCCAGAACAUAAGGAUUCUCAACCUCAAGGUCACAAAGAUUAAAUUGUUGACUAGUUUUAUAUGCAUACAUUUUUUGAUGUAACACUUUUAAAGAAAGUUUCAUUUCUCACGGCAAGAACGUUGCUCAAACAUUAUUUUUAUAUGUAUUGAUUUUGGAAAAGUUUUACUAUAUUAUAUACAAAAAGAAGUUUGAUUUAACAGCUGGUGCUGAGAAAAUUUUUUUUUAUUGAUUUUCAGCUCGGUUAAAAAGUUUUGAAAAAGUGCUUAUUGAUUUUCUUUUGUUUUUUAAGCGUUAUUUCACUAUAGAACUACGAUAAUAUAUUUUUCUAAUACAUGAAAAUAUCAGGUGAUGAAUAUGCCUUUUUUUCAUAAUAUACCUAAUGUACAUAGUUAUUCUAAGUAGUGGAUGAAUGCGAGUUGAUUGACGUUAUUGGUGCUAGGAAGGAACUGGGAGAUAGUGGAGCUAAUUUUCAUGCCAGUUAGACGUUCUGUAAUCAUCAUUUUCGAAUGAUGGAUGUGAUUUAUUGUAACCAUGUUAUUUUAUACAACUAUAGUACCCGUACUUUUUGAUUAUAUUUUAAUUAGUUAUAACAUCAUGAUUAAAUUACUAGGCUAAUAUUUUUUAUAAAUCGUAUAGGUUUUGUACAUUGUAUAUCUUGUAAGUAGCUUAUUAAGUAUCCCUGUGAAUGUGUAGCAUUUCGUCAAGUGAAUUGCUGGGUUUAAUCUUACAACAGUUUGUACACUUAACAUUUGCUUUUACAAGCAACUUAUAUUUGGUUAUUGGUGCCAAUAAAGAUCUCUACAAUAUA